GUAAUUGUAAAGGUAAGGGUAUCGCAUUUCCUCCUUUUGUUUCACGAGCAUUUCUCUCUUUGCGUUUGUGAGGCUGUUCUCUGUUUCGACUUGCUAUUCCCUGUUCCUUUCUCUCCAUUGUUUUGCAAGGCAUUGCUCGCAUCUCUGGGUUUCAAUUGGUAGGUUGAAUUGUUCGAGUUGGUGUUUGUAGAUUACGAGAGACGGGGGCAGGGGAUAUAAGGAUCGUCGAUUUCCAUGAUUUUGAGAGCUCCACUCGAGCCAAUAAUUUGAAUGACUUCGAGGUUCAAUUCGAAGAAAUUCGAGUACGUACGAUAUUCUGCCAUGCCUAACGAACCGGAACCCGAAUCCGCCUAUGCGGACCAGGCUGCGAAGCUCUCUCAUGUCGACCCUGAGGACGAUCAUGAUGGCGCUGGAACAGCGAUGAGAGCGGACUAUCUGACGGCAAGAGAUACAGUGGUUGUUACGGAGGGUGGAGGUCGAUUGCCUGGGCCUCCGUUGGAGGAAUCUGAGAGAUUGAAUGGACUCAGGAGGCAGGCGAGAGGAGUUGGUGGUAACAUGAUUAGUGAAGUCGAACGGUCAGAAGAGAUCGUAGGCGAAGAGAAUCGAUUGGCAGCGGGCGAGAAAGCGAAAGAUUCGCAUGAUGUUGGAGGGAACGACGGGCAAACAACAGGCCAAGGCUCUCUUCAGAAGACUAUGCCACCCUCGCAAACACAUCCUUUAUUCCCACCUCUGCCGCUAUACGGCCCGUCGUCAUUCACAAGAAAUUUACAAUGUUGGACAUUCAGGACUACUAGUUUUUUCAUUACCUGUGCAGUUCUGGUAACUAUUAUGAUGGGAGCGGGAGUUAUGACUGUGCCAGCUAUUUUUAGUUAUUUAUGGUGUAAGGCUACAUUCAGGGAUCCAUGGCAAGGGCGGGUAUUCUACGAAGAAGAGAAAUUACGAAAAAGGAAGAGGCAAGAAGAGGAAAAUCGUUGGAAGAAGAAGAACCGCCAAAAAUUAUCCAAGGAAAAAGUGAAUGAUAUUGAAGAUGAUGCGGGGCAAGGGGAUUUCGUACCAACGGAGGGAGGUAAAGAUCCGCUGGUUUGCGAUGUGGGAUAUUAUGCACGAAGGGUGGGACUAGACGUCGAGGAACUAAAAGUUCAGACAGAAGAUGGAUUUGUCAUUGUCCUUUGGCAUGUAUACGACCCAAGCGAAUAUACGCCCAUGACGGCGGAGCAACGAGCGGCUCGGGGCCCAGAAUUGUUCACUGGUCGGGGCCCAAGUCGACCACUUUCUUCAGAUCAUAAUCGCCAAUCAAAGUAUCCCGUCCUAAUGAUUCACGGUCUCUUGCAAUCAUCUGGUGCUUAUUGUACCAAUGAUGACCACUCCCUGGCAUUCUAUCUAUGCAAACAAGGCUAUGACGUUUGGCUCGGCAACAAUCGAUGCGGAUUCACGCCAGAACAUACACUUCUUGACUAUGCUGAUCCUCGCAUGUGGUCUUGGAAUAUUCGACAGAUGGGUGUUCUGGAUUUGCCAGCACUUACCUCUCGGGUUUUAUCCGAAACUGGCUUCCCCAAACUAGCCCUCAUUGGUCACUCUCAAGGGACAACUCAAACAUUUGUCGCGCUCGCAAAAGAGCAACGGCCUGAACUGGGUGAAAAAAUCAGCGUAUUUUGUGCAUUGGCCCCAGCCGCAUAUGCGGGACCGCUUAUCGACAAGGGUUAUUUCAAAUUCGUGCGCCUGAUUUCUCCUUCGUUCUUUCGCAUCAUCUUUGGCAUUCAUGCUUUUCUUCCGUAUAUGAUGGUCUUCCAUAAGAUUAUUCCAGGAAAGAUUUUUGGUACUCUAGGAUAUCAUGUAUUCCACCUUUUGUUCAGAUGGAGUGAUGCUAGAUGGGAUAAAGGAACCCGAGAUCGAUGUUUUCAAUUCGCUCCUGUGUAUGUAAGUGCGGAGAGUAUGCGGUGGUGGCUAGGGAUGGAUGGCUUUGCAAAGCACGGGUGUAUAUUAUCAACGAAAGAGGAGAGUAUGCAGGAAGAUGAGGAGGACAGAUUAGAGACAUUGGAGAAUGAAGGAAAGAGAGAACCUAAGAGGAGUAGAGCUUGGUACAAUGAGCAGGUACCCCCGUUUGCAUUAUGGGUGUCGGGAUCCGACGAUUUGGUCGAUGGAAGAAAGCUACUCCAGAGAUUUGAAAAAGGAAGAGAACCGUGUCUGAAGAUCGUGCAUCAGAAGGUGAUAGAGGAGUAUGAGCAUUUGGAUGUUAUCUGGGCCGUGGACGUCCUUGAAAAGGUAGGCCGAGAGGUCAAGGAAGUGAUUUGGAAGACGUGUUCAGCACCGGACCGAAGCAACUGUCGUGUUCCGCUUGGAUGUGAACGAGUAGGAGUUUGGGAUGGCGUAGAGAGGUCCGGUAUUUUUGAGAGUCGAGAUUUUGCAGAGAGUUGUCAAAAUCAAAGUGACAGUGACCUUACCCUGUGAGCAGGGGUCGAAGACUGUUCGAGUAUAUAUGACAAAAUUAAGGCGACAGGCAUCUAUGAGAACAGCUAGGAGAGGGGGGGGGUCAUCUCUUGCAUAAAUUAUGACGGCGUUCUCGGUACUACUACUGUAUAAACAUACUAAUAUAAUGUGGAUGGAUAGAAAUGGAAAGAAGCAAAUGGCGCAAUUGUCCUCGAGACUUAUACUAUCUAUAUUUAAAGAUCUAUAGCAUCAUAAAUCAUUUAAUUGGCGGUAUUUUAAUAGAAUGUAUUUAUUAACGAGGAUA